GCUCUCAGGCUUCUCUCUGCUAUAGGUCUGUUCAGGUCUGUUCUUUACAACUGAACUAGCUGCACUGGUUCAGAGUCUAUCUUUUUCCUUCUAAUGUGGAGGGAAAAAGAUAGACUCUGAACUGGUGCAGGUAGUUCAGCUAUGAGGAACAGACCUUUUACGUGAAAGUGGUGUUUGAAGCGUUUGAAGCAUCGCAACUGUGCGUGACGCACGUGGUGUACGGAAGUUAAUUUUCAAUAAUUGUUUUCCGAUACUGCGAUGUCCUUUUUUAUAAGACGUGGUGCUCGCGGAGGUGGUGCACCGAAGCGUAAACUCAAUGGCAACUUUAGUAAGACAUUCUCAGCGCAGUCUACUUCAAAGCAAUCGAAAAGAUCCAAGAAAAAUAAACUCGAUGACAAUGAAAGUAUUGCCAGUACGGAUGAAGAACUCGCGGAAGAAAAUUCAAGAAAUAAAGCACAAAGUGAAACCGAGGAAGAGGAGGAAACUGCACAGGAAAAACGUGUGAGAAUCGCAAAGAAAUAUCUUCGGGAAAUUGAGGAGGAAGAAAAAGACAGAGCAGAAUUUGAAGCGGGUGCAGUCACACGGCGAUUGCGCGAGGAAUAUUUGGAGGAGAAGGGUCGAUUGAGGAAAACAAUAGCAAUAAAUUACGUUGGUCACAAUGAGUUUAUAACGUUGAGAUGUAAAGAACAUAAAUCGUCUAUUACUUGUAUUUGCCUCUCUAGCGAUGGCAAUAUAUUAUAUUCAGGAUCCAAGGAUGGUAGUUUAGUUAAAUGGUCGGUAACGGAAAAGAGCAAAUUAAAAGCCAUUGUAGGAAACAGAGGGAAGACAAAGUCUGGGAUGAAAUCUGUGCGGUGCUUGGCAAUUAGCACAGAUGGAAAGUUUCUUGUAGUAGGAGAUGGUGGAUGUAAAGAUAUAAAGGUGUUCUCUGGCGAUACCCUUGAUCACAUAAAAGACCUGAAGGGCCAUAGAAGUCCUGUAUCUGGAUUAAUAUUCCGUAAAGAUACUCACACGUUAUACUCUGCAUCUGAAGACAGGAGCGUGAAAGUUUGGAAUCUUGACGAUAUGGCUUAUGUUGAAUCUUUAUUCGGGCAUCAGAGCGCUAUCACAUCUAUCGAUGCACUUUCACGAGAGCGCGCUAUCACGAGCGGUGGUUACGACGGUUCUAUUAGGAUAUGGAAAAUAGUCGAAGAGUCGCAAUUAAUAUUUAACGCGAAAAGCUCCGGCAAUAGUAUAGAUGCGGUUAAGCUCAUCAACGAGGAGAAUUUUUUCAGUGGCGGUGACGACGGACAACUUUGCCUUUGGGGAUGUAUGAAGAAGAAGCCGCUGUGUACUAUACUGGAAGCGCACGGAAAGGACGAAGCCAAUAGUCAACCGAUGUGGAUUUCAAGUAUCGCCACACUAUUGAAUACGGAUUUAGUAGCAUCAGGAUCGCGGAACGGCACGAUCAAGUUAUGGCAAUGCGGUGAAAACUUUAGGUCUCUAAAUUUACUGUUUGAAGUUAAAUUAACGGGUUUCAUAAACGCGCUUGCAUUCACUCCCGAUGGGAAUCACCUUAUUGCUGGUGUAGGUAAAGAACAUAGAAAUGGUAGUUGGUGGCAAAUACCUGAAGCGAGGAAUGCUGUUGUUAUUAUACCAUUAGUGCAUAAGCAAAAGACAAAUAAAUAAAGAUUUUUUUAGAAAUUAAAAAUAUGAGUUUAGGUAAUUUUUGAAAAUUCGUAUAGAUUUCUAUCUGUGGAGACAAUAUUUAUAUAGAGGUUUAUAAAACGCUUUACUUACCUAUCACUUUCAAUUGUAUUCAUAAAAACUUUAUUUCAAAUAAAAUUAAUUCGACAAAAAUAUUGAUAUAACUGCGUUAAAUGAAGACAAGGCCGACUGUUGUCUCUAUAAUAUCUACAUUCUGAACGCGAUGAGAAAUCUGUUCACUCGACGACGAUGGUUUUUAUGUGAAUGAAAUGAAAGAAAUAUUGGUCCACAGUACAAGUAUUUAUUCUGUACAAAAGUUGAGUUAUAAAAUAUUAUGUCCC